AUGGGCAAAAUUACAACUCAACUUGUUGUAACAGGGUUAGAAAGAAGAGGCAGGCCUAAGGCUAUUCAGCCAGGUAAUCGCGAGUGGGUGACGGCGAUUGCUGCAAUCAACGCUGCUGGCUGGUCAGUCCCGCCGUUCCUCAUCUUCGCUGGCCAGUAUCAUCUAUCUGCCUGGUACGAGGAAGCAGAGAUCCCACGCGACUGGGUAAUCGCAGUUAGCGACAAUGGCUGGACAAACAACAAGCUAGGAGUAGAGUGGCUGAAGCACUUCAACGCUCACACAAAGACUCGCGUUGUUGGUGCGCGUCGCCUGCUCCCACGUGUUCUGAUAUGCGACGGCUUUGGUAGCCACGAAACACUCGAGAUCCUGGAGUUUUGUCUUACUAACAACAUCAUCUUAUGUCGCCUGCCCUCUCAUACCUCCCACAAGCUGCAGCCCUGCAAUGUCGGGCCUUUUGCACCCCUGAAAACAGCCUAUCGUGACCAAGUCGAACGCCUGAGCCGAGGAGGCGUUGACGUAGUUGGUAAAGAGCAUUUU